AUGGGCCUAAAACACCUCCACCUGGCAAUCCUGAUUCUGUCCUUGACGGCGCUCUGUUUGGCUGUUAUUCUGCCACAAUGGCAUUGUGGGAGUCUCUUUGAAAAGUGCACGGAAAGCGGCUCUGCAAAGAAGGACGUCAUGCUGGCGGUGACAUGCUGCCUGAUCAUAGGAAUAACCAUGCUUUCGGUCGUGUGCAUAAUUGACUUUAUCCAACUGUGUUCCAAGACUCGAUCUGGCGUGGAACGAACAGUGAGAAUGUUACUCCUCUACGUCGGUUCACUCCUCGCUCUGGCAGCUGUCAUAAUCUACACCGUCGAAAUUUCUGGCUCCUGGUCCUACUUCAUUGCCACUUGCGGAUCAAUAUUUGCUAUUCAACUUUCAUUAAUGACUGUUCUCUAUGGAAGGUGCUGCAGCAGGUACUCGGCGGGAGUGCGAAUUGAAGAACGUUAG